UUGAUCACGUGAUGAUAUCCAAGCAGUAAACAGCUGAUGUCUCUUGCUAAUAAAACGAAACACAAUUUAAUAUUUAACUACGCUUGCAUAUAUCUGCUCGAACUUUUCAAAAUAUGUUAUCAUGAUUUUGUGCCCUUCUAAAAAGUAUUUAAAUUUUUAGGCUGUUUUGCCUGUUUUUUCAAAAUAUAAUCGAUUUACUUAACAAUCAAAAUGACAUCAAUGUUUGAUCAGUAUGAGCAAGCUUCUCAGCGCUCCAAACAGGUGCUUGUACCACCGAUUCGCCCAGAUAUUAGUACAGCAGGCUUUAUUCAAAUGAAGCUCCAAGAUGAUGGCCCAAUUUUCACCAAGCAGAAGGUUAACUUUUUGCCAUCUGACAAAAUUCUUCAUUUAGUUGUUAGUAGUAACAUGAUCGUGAUUGCUAUGGCUAACAACAUUCUACUACGCAUUGAUAUGAAACAGCCUGACAAGACUGAGGAAAUCGACAUAUCCAAAUAUACAUUGACCAUGAAAAUGUCUGGUUUGUUUCUGGAUCCAUUGGGCCAUCAUUUGCUUGUAACCCUAGUACCGAGACACGGAGACAAUAGUCCUCCUCCUGAAUUGUACUACUUACAUAGGAAAACAACCAAGCUCAAGCAAGCUGGUAAGUUCAAGGGUCAUGAGAUCACUGCUGUUGGCUGGAACUUUUCCAACACUUCGGACACAAGUUCAGGAUCCAUUUUAUUGGGAACAUCCAAAGGCCUGAUUUUUGAAACAGAGAUUGGAUUGGAAACAGACAAGAUUUUUAACACUAGUUUGGAACAAUAUUGGCGUCAGCUUCCGAAUUAUCUGCCUCUUUAUGGUACAAAAGAGGUAGGAGGACUGGUAUUCGAUGUAGGAAAAAAUAGCAAACCUCCGAUCACUGGGAUAGAAUUUCACAAAUUACCUAAUUCCGACAAGUAUAUGAUCAUCGUGACUACUCUUAUGCGCAUUUAUCAAUAUAUUGGUGCCAUUGCUAAUACCGAGGAAAAGCCCCUUCUGCAACAAGUCUUUUACAAAUAUCUGAACGCGCAAGAAAGUUUCAGUGAAGUAAUAAGUUCCUUGCCAUAUUCAAAGAUGCAAUUUUAUUAUCCUUCUUUGGGUGUUUUACCAAAGUCAUUCGGAUGGCUGACAGAGACUGGUAUUCUAUAUGCUCAGGUAGACGCAAAAUCUGAGGGAAACAAUGUGUUGAUCAAUCAGCAGAUGUUGACAUGUCCGGAAACAAGUCUCAUAGGUAGCAAUUUGUCGCAGACUACUUCGACGCCGUUAUCCUUUGUGUUGACAGAAUUUCAUGCAUUGCUAUUAUAUCCAGAUCACGUAAAAGGCAUAUCGCUGUUGAACCAAGAAUUAAUAUUCGAAGACAUUUACAAUGAUGCAGUCGGCAAAUUGAUCGGCAUUACCAAAGACCCCGCGACAAGAUCAAUUUGGGCUUAUAGUGAACGAGCUGUCUUCAAAUACAGAGUUACAAAAGAAGAUAGAAAUGUCUGGCAGGUAUAUGUGGACAAGAGCGAGUUUGAACUCGCUAAGCAAUAUUGUAAGGAUAAUCCCGCGCAUAUUGAUCAAGUACUUGUAAAACAAGCAGAAAUGCUCUUCAAGAAUAAAGAAUACGAAAAGAGUGCGCUGAUAUAUGCGGAUACGCACUCUUCUUUCGAGGAGAUAUCUUUAAAGUUCCUGCAGGAGUGGCAAAUUGAAGCCCUGAAGACGUUCCUGCGCAAGAAACUCGAUGGUUUCAAGACGCAAGAUAAAACGCAGAUAACAAUGAUCGUUAUUUGGGUGACUGAGCUGUUCAUGAAUCAAAUGGGUGCUUUGCGUAGCAGUAACACAUCUUACCGCCACGAUCCGCAAUAUAUAGAAUUGCAGAAUCAGUUUGAUCAGUUUCUCGCUAUUCCUAAAGUUGAGGAAUGCAUCAGGAAAAACCGCAACACGAUAUAUGAUUUGAUGGCAAGUCACGGCGAUAAAGACAAUCUAAUAAACUUAACAGUAAUGCACCGCAAUUAUGAAGAAGUAAUUCGCCAAAAUCUGUAUAAGAGUGACUAUAUAGGGGCACUUGGGGUACUUAAAAAUCAGAGCAAUAAGGAUCUCUUCUAUCAGUUCGCUGGAAUCCUGCUACAGGAAUUGCCACGACCCACUAUUGCUGCUUUGAUCUCACAAGGUUCAUUACUGAAGCCGGUCAAGCUACUACCAGCUUUGGUCUCAUGCAACAGUGAUGAGAAACACGCUAAAGAAAUCAUAAAAUAUUUAGAAUUCUGCGUGUACAAACAGGGCUCGCAAGAGCAAGCGAUUCACAAUUUUCUAUUGUCCUUAUACGCCCGUUAUAAGCAGGACGAAGUGAUGCGAUACAUAAGCUCUCAAGGUCAAGAUAUCAAUAUGGUACAUUAUGACGUACAUUAUGCAUUAAGAUUGUGUCAAGAAGUUAGAUUGACGGAAGCCUGCGUGCAAUUGUCAGCAUUGCUUGGUUUGUGGACCACCGCUGUAGAUCUCGCUCUUACGAUUAGCGUGGAUCUUGCCAAGCAAAUCGCCGCCAUGCCAUCCGAUCAUGAUGACGAGUUGAGAAAGAAAUUGUGGUUGAAGAUAGCGGAGCAUGUGGUACGAGAAAAAGACGACAUACAGCAAGCAAUGGAAUUUUUGCAGCAUUGCGAUCUCGUGAGAAUAGAAGAUAUCUUGCCGUUUUUCUCCGAUUUCGUCACAAUCGAUCACUUCAAGGAAGCUAUUUGCAAUUCUCUGCAGGAGUACAAUCAGCACAUACAAGAUCUCAAAGAAGAGAUGCAGGAAGCCACGAAAGCAGCGGAACUAAUCAGAAAGGAUAUCCAGACCUUCAGAUCUAGAUGUACCUUUGUACAUGCAAGGGAUGCAUGCAACACGUGUGAAGUACAAUUACUAUUACGACCAUUCUACGUGUUUCCCUGCGGUCACAAGUUUCAUAGCGAUUGUUUAGUGGCGACAUUGACGCCGAUGCUGUCUAUGGAUCAGAGAACGAAACUGGCGGAUCUACAACGGCAACUUACAGCCAUCUCAAAUCGGCCCGAGGAUACUGCAUCGGUGGCUUCUGUGGCCUUGUCAACAAGAGACCAGAUCAAAGCCGAUAUCGACGAAUUGAUCGCGUCAGAAUGUCUCUAUUGCGGAGAGCUUAUGAUAGAAUCGAUAGAUAAACCAUUUAUCGAGGAAGAAGAUUACGAACGUAUAAUGAAGGAAUGGGCGUGAGAAAGCUUUUCUGUAAAAAAUGUGAUACAGCAUGCUCAUUUUUCUUAGGAGACAUUGGCAGGAGGCUCUUAGAAUUGAUCUUCUGAAGUUUAGCAUUCUCUCUCUCUCCCCCUCUCUCUCUCUCUCUUUCUCUCUCCCCCCCCUGAAUAAGCUGACUUCAUCAUUGUAACUAUUUCGGCUAUUUUAAUUAAUUGAUUACAGCUAAAACCGAAUAAUUUAUUUUAUUUACAUGCUGGAAAGAUAAACAUAUAUAAUUUACGUAUAACAUCAAGAAAACUUAAUUAAAUAUCAUAUCCCAAAGUA